AUGCUUGGGGAAGGGAUGGCGAUAGCUGAGAAAAUGCUGGAGAAAGUCGCAGCAGGAGAGCUCAGUCUAGUCGAAUUGGAAGCGAAGGUGCCGGAGCAACUACACGUCGUGGACGUCGCUGAAAGCGAGUAUAUCGCUUCGAUUAUGGCGCUCAAUGGUUACAACACGGAAUUUCAGCCCGAAAUGGAGGGGAAACUCAAGCAGUUCCAGCUUUUGGAGGAAUGCCGGAUAGCUUACAUCAAGGAGGUUCUGCUCCGCCUGGACCAAGCGAGUAAGGGGAUGCUGACGUGCCUGAUCGGCCCCGGAGGAACGCUGGAGGCCCUCAGCAUUGCUCUCACGCGAAUCGACCCGCUCUCAGACGCGGAGGCCCAGUUGUCUUACGUUCGGGAGAACGCUGGGAUGCCCCCUCUAUCGCCAAUGGGCGAGUUUUCAGACACGUCUUCAUCUAUGGGAGAUGAGAAUAGAGAAGCUAUGCCGGACAGGGGCAAGAGGGCCGUGCGUGCACCGGAAGAGGUAGCUCAAGCUCGAGAGGCGACAGGGUUAGCGGUCUUGAAACUCCCGGAGGAUGGAGUAGAGAAGAUGUUCCAUGGAGCCCGGGACGAAGCGAACGAAGCCGUUCGGAUGGUCCAAGAGAUCUGCUGCUUCCUUGGCGAGCUUGUAUCAGUCGAAGAGAACCAUACACGGGAGGUGUUACGGCUGCUGGAAAGGCAGGGCUACGGCAGUCGUGUGGGCGCGAGAGGCAGUAUGUCCUUAAUGGAGGACGUCAUGGCUAACAUGUCCAAGCCCAGUUCGUUGGCAUGCGCGGGAGUCAUUGCCGGGGAGGGGCAAACCCUGAAACAGGGAUGGGACUCAUCGGCGGUUGGCAAGGCGCUCGUUUCUGCCGAAGCUCACACGGGCCUGGCGCAUUCUCUUGCCGACAGUUCGUGCACGGCUGCUAUCCAGGCACACAACGAGGCGAAAGCAUCCGUGAAACGAGCGAUCAAGACAUUUUCAGCAGCAUCGAAGCAGCUCAGUACGAGCAAAAGCACUCACGCCAAGGCAGUGUCAAAAUGCGACAAGCUCACCAGAGAGGUCCACGAGAAAGAAGAAAGCUUGGCCAAGGCUCGCGUCGAUCUUACGGCUGAGCUACAAGCUUCCGGGGGCUCGUCUAUCGGCCAGGAACAAUCUCUGCCGCCUGACAACUCGACGGGAGCUCGGGGACAUUCUAGCGGUACAACCCCGUCGCUGGACCUCUUUGGCGAGGAUUCUUCGGCUAAGGGAAUAGGGGGUGUCCGACGGGAUGGCCCCUGGGUCCUGGAAUCGCUUGGGCUACAGCAGCACGCGGGUGGACGGGUGAAGGCGUUGGAAGUCAAGGUGACGGCGCUAAUCGAGGAGAGGGAUGCCGCCAAGCAGAAUGUCCGGGAUGCAAUCCAUGGCAUGAAAACUGCGCUGGAGGAGCUCCAGCUGAAAGUCAAGGACACGACUAUAGGGCUGCUCGCAGAAGACUCGAGCCGGCAAACGGGACUGAGCGAGCUUUUGCAUGGCGUGCUCUCGGUGUAUCUCGAAACCACCAAAGUCCUGGUCGCUGAGCAAACACGCGCGGAUGAGGGAAAGCAAACACAGGCGAUCGAUGGUCAGAAGGACGUCCAAGAGUUGGUGGAGAGAAAUGCUCAUCGAGUACAAGUACCUGCCGGGCACGGUGUGGGCGAGGUGAUGUUCAUGGCGUAUCACAGCGAAGUGCUUCAGAAGGAGCGGGACAUGCUCCGGAAACACCGCCUUUCGUCACCGCGAAGCGCAGAAAGGCACGGGCUGGAGGGAGAAGAGAGCGGCAACAACGCCAGCGGAGUGAGGCGGGCAGGUGGGGGGUCACACAGGUUCACUGCUAUGGCCGAGGCAGCACUGGCGCAGGCGCAUGCCAAGCAACAGAGGCGGCAGAUUAUUGCCAGGCAGGAAGACACUGGUCGCGAGAACGAGGGAGCAGCGAGUGGCGUUGGUGGUUCAAAUGCGGCCGCCCAUGCAUUUCCGGCAUCUCUCACGGAUGGAGAGGAGGGUCCCACGUCGCUGUCGCGACAACGUCCAGUGCUGAGCAGAGAUCACCGUCGACAUCGCCGAAAGAUCAGGGCGCCCGAGAAUAGGGAGAGUUGCUUCAGUGACUCUGAGGUGGUGGUGUGCGACGACAAUGCUUCCAGGCACGGCGGGUCUCUACAUGGGAAUCUUCGCCGGGGCUCUCGCCAUGGCUCGCGGCACGGCUCCCGGCAUGGCUCUAGGCACGGCUCUAGGCACGGAACCAAGUCGUACUCAAGGCACAGCAGCGCGAUAUCUUUGCGGGCACACUCUAAGAACGCGAAUUCGCCCAAACAGGGACAGGAAACCAAGGUCGUCGGAGAUGCACCGAUUACGGUGUCAGUGAGCACGAGCGGUCUUGGCAGUCCCCGGGUCGGCACCGGUGACCGUGUGCUUUCAUCCCCGCCCGUGGAGGAUGCCGAACAGAGCGGUAGCGCUAGUGAUGUGCCAGAGGCGAAGGCCGAAGGUGCUCCGGGAUUGGGUGGUGGCAAGCUAGACCCUACAGAGGGAGAAGGCACCGACGUGCCGAACGACAGUAACUCGGCGAUAGUAUCAGGAGAAGGCGGAAGCGGAGGCACUCCGGCUCCCCCGUCACCGGUAGAAGCAUCGGUCGACCCCACGGAAGCACCUCCCAGCGCCAAAUCUGGCGCUGCGGGAGGCGUAAUGGAGCCGGAAACAAUCCAUGGUCACGGGCAAAAAGCACCCGGAGUGACGGCUGCCAUUGCGACUAUAGCAGACCUUCACCCGACAGUCAAGGCGGAAAGUGAGACGGAGCCACCGCCGGGUGCCCCAGUGAAGGAAGCGAAGCUCGGUACUCUCAGCGCCGACGUGGCAAAAGCAGCGGGUCUCGCAGACCAGGGAAUUCAGUCGGAGCGAGAUGGCGUGGUGCUCACGGGUGGACUCGACCAAGUCGCGAGGAGCGAGCGGUCUCGCGUGGAAGUGGAGGUCUCACCUACCGAGGAAGCGGAAGAUGUGGGUUCUGCGAAAGUGGAACAGAAAGUGGCUCCCACGGAAGAGUCAGCCCCUAGGUGUAGACAAGAACCAGGAAGAGUGGGUUCGCCCAUUGAUUUCUCUUCUCUUGUACACUCCAGAGACACCCGGAAAGAACAGAUGGCCGUGAAAGAAGAGUCGCCGAGGUCGGAACGUCGGCCCUCUCUGCGCCAUCUCAAGAACCGGCUCCGUGAACAAGACGAUUUUUCGUCGGGAGGCGAGGAGGAGGAUGGAAUGUCAAGUAGCGACGAAGAACAGAUCGACUCCGGCGGUGGUGUGGCCGCGUUUUACCGUGAGUCGUCAACAACUGCCGGUAUAUCGGCCUCCACGGCUCAAGCAUCAGACGAGUUGAACGUGUUGGACUCGUUCGACCUUCCCAAGGAAGAUCUGCAAGAAAAGGUGAUCGAAAGUUUCUCAUGCGGCUUAUAUAGCGGGGGGCUGCCGCUACACGGGCGCCUCUAUGUCACCGGGAAAUACGCUCUUUUUUCAGGCUGGCGUAACACCAAGGUGGUCGUACUGCUGUCAGGCGUGGUUGGGGUGGAGAAGACUUCUACUCUCCGCUUUGUGCCCAACGCCUUGACCCUCGUCAAGAGGGGCGGAGAAAAGGUCACUCUCGGGUCUUUCCUCUUCCGCGACGACUGCCACGCUCUCCUCUUGAGGUUGGUCAAGGUCUCUGGCUCCAUCUCUCUGAUGCACGGAGUGUCUCCUGGUACCCCGACCGGUGCGCUGCCUCUAGAGGGCAGUUCAGACGAGCUCCCUGAGAACUUACCUGAAGCUCCGGAACCCUCUGAAACCGCCCCUGGCACAGCGAUAUCCCGCGCUCUCGCUGUAGCAGGCCGCCCGGGCGAUUCGAAGUUCGAAACCAUGGUCGAAGCAGUUCUUCCCUGCACUACCGCCCAGGUUUUCGCGUGGCUAUGGGGACGGGAUACGAGGUUUUGGGCUGACUUCCUUCGUGCCCAAGGAGAGACUGGGCUUACGAUUACACCCUGGGGAAAGACUGUAGUGCAGUCCGAGGCCGGAAGAGGACUGAGGGGUCUGUUUCCGGGAGAAGCUUUCGAUGAGCAGCGGGAGCUGACCUUCACUCACCCUCGAACAGGCUUCGUUGUCGGCCCCAAAAAGGUUUUGACGCGGCAGGUGCAAGGUUACCGCGUGGAGCGGCGGGAAGACUGGUCUGGAUCGCGAAGGCCGAUGGAUCGAGUCGUCUUGUGCCAGACGACCAUGAUGGAGCGAGGAGCUCCACUCGCUGACCACUUCACCAUUCUCGGGAAGGUAGUUUUAUCUCGAGACCCCCCUGGCCAAGAUCAAGAACCACGGUGUCGCGUGUGCAUAGGAUUCGAUGUAGCAUUCCAUCGGAGUACGAUGCUUCGAGGCGCCAUCCGCUCUGGAGCUCAAGAAGAAACGAGAAAUUCGUGGAAGUCUUGGCUGGCGGCCUCGAAGAAGGUGGUCAUGUAUCAAAGACACCAGCUCGGUCGUACGGCCGCCAAUGAUGGGGUCGCGGCUAAACCUCCUCAAGGAAUUUUCGCGCUUGCCGGGGACUUCGUGCCUCAAGACGGGGCGACGGCAGGCGUCGACGGACAGGCGUCACGCGGUACGGAGAUGGAACCGGCAAUUCAGCCACCGGAGAAAAGCACAGACUGGGCUAAACUUGUUGUGGGCGCGGCCCGCUGGCUGGUGGAGAAUGGAGUGUCUGCGGUAAAGUCGGCGGGUGUGCCGACCGUCUUGACGUUUUUGUGUCUAUUCCUAGUGAUGCAGCAGCAGCGUGAUGUACAGCGACUCAGCGGGCAAGUGGAAGAGUUGGUGAACGCUGUCGGCGAGAUGCGCAGCAACGUAGACAGGAACAUAGAACCAUGAGACAACCGGUAAGUCAGUUCAGUUUACGAGAAUGCCAGGGUAGUGUACGGCGCAGCACGCCUCCUUCCUGCACGUCACGAUGUUUUAGUCAGCGUGAACGUCUGACAAUAUUCAAGAACUUUCCAUGAC